UAGCAACCGAAUCAUAACAAUUCUUAUUCCGUUUAGAGUUUUCAUUUGAACAUUUAAAGCAGCUCAGACUUGCAGUUUAUCAGCAAGAGAGAAGACGCGAAAGAUGUCCAUCGUGAAAACCACCGUGAAUCUCCAGAGGAUUGACUGGCUGCUGCCGAAAGGUGCAGUCAGUGUGCGGAUCGCCCCGGAAUACAUCCCCGGUCCAGUUGGCCGAGGACAAACCAGUUCCAGUGAUGCUGGCCGUCGGAAGAAGUGCCGCACCAGGCCGCCGGCAGCCAGCUCCCUGACCACGUCUGCCUCUCCUGGAUCUGCUGCCAUCCCGGUGGCAACCAGCAGGGGUCAGCAGGGCACAGGCCGCCGUAGAAAAACGGCGGGAGGCCGGUCAGGGCGAAGAAGGAGGUAUGACCAACAGAAGGGGUUAGAGCCUAAGCCCAGCUCACCAACCUUCUCCUCCUCUUCAUUUUUAUUUCCGUCUUCAGUCCCCUCCCCUUUUGUUUCAUCCCCAUUUCUUUUUAUGGGCUCCUCUGUUUUAUCCCCACACUUAGUCACACCUGUAAGCCCAGCUCCACAUCCAUUUUCAGCUCCAGGCAUGGUUCAUCUGACCCCUCUGCUUCAGGCUCCAGCACAGGCUGUAGCCGCCUCAUCUCACCUGGAAAAAUUCUAUUGGUUGUAUAACUAUUAUGUAACAAAGUACUCUAAAAUGACCUAUGACGCCAAGUGCUUUACUGAGUACUGGUGUCAGGAGUUUUGGAACAGACAUUUAAAUGAAAUUAACUUAGCGAAACAGGGGAAGAAUGAGGAUAAUGAGGGUACUCAUUCAACCAAGAGGCGUAGGAUUGAUGAAGAUGAGUUCAUCUUUCCUAUUGAUGCACUGGAGCAGCUAAGUACCAUGCCCAGGGCUCAGGAGAUGGGUGUGGAGAUGGGCUAUCAGUCAGAUGCACAUAGCUACAUUUCCCUGUAGAUUCAGCACAUAAUUACACGAGACUUGUCAUACGUACUUAGGAUAAGAUAAAAUUAGGAUAUGUUACCAUGUAGUUCUAUAGCAUAAGGUACUAUAGGAUAAGCUUAAGAUAGGAUAAGGUUAAGAUUGUAUAGAAUAAGAUAAAGAUAGGACAAGUUAAGAUAGUCUUAACUUGUAUGCCAUUUUAUGUUUUACAAAGACAUGAUAAAUUACCAUAAGUUUAGGAUAAGAUUAUAUGAGAUAACAUAGUAUAAGAAUAAGAUAGGAUUGCAUAGCAUAAGAUAAGAAAGAUAGGAUAAGAUAACAUAGAAUAAAAUUAAGAUAGGAUAGGUUACGGUAAGCUUAAGAUUGUAUAACAUAGGAUUAGAUUAAUUAUAAAUAAAGCAGUCCUCCUUAGAGGGGGGGUGGUGGAGGGAAUAUUUAAGAAAUAAAAAUAGGAUUAAUUAAGAUAAGGUUAAGAUAAGAUUGUAUAACAUAGGAUUAGAUUAAUUGUAAAUAAAGCAGUCCUCCUUAGAGGGGGGGUGGUGGAGGGAAUAUUUAAGAAAUAAAAAUAGGAUUAAUUAACAUAAGGUUAAGAUAAGAUUGUAUAACAUAGGAUUAGAUUAAUUGUAAAUAAAGCAGUCCUCCUCAGAGGGGGGGUGGUGGAGGGAAUAUUUAAGAAAUAAAAAUAGGAUUAAUUCAGAAGGUUAAGAUAAGAUUGUAUAACAUAGGAUUAGAUUAAUUAUAAAUAAAGCAGUCCUCCUUAGAGGGGGGGUGGUGGAGGGAAUAUUUAAGAAAUAAAAAUAGGAUUAAUUAAGAUAAGGUUAAGAUAAGAUUGUAUAACAUAGGAUUAGAUUAAUUGUAAAUAAAGCAGUCCUCCUCAGAGGGGGGGUGGUGGAGGGAAUAUUUAAGAAAUAAAAAUAGGAUUAAUUCAGAAGGUUAAGAUAAGAUUGUAUAACAUAGGAUUAGAUUAAUUAUAAAUAAAGCAGUCCUCCUUAGAGGGGGGGUGGUGGAGGGAAUAUUUAAGAAAUAAAAAUAGGAUUAAUUAAGAUAAGGUUAAGAUAAGAUUGUAUAACAUAGGAUUAGAUUAAUUGUAAAUAAAGCAGUCCUCCUUAGAGGGGGGGUGGUGGAGGGAAUAUUUAAGAAAUAAAAAUAGGAUUAAUUCAGAAGGUUAAGAUAAGAUUGUAUAACAUAGGAUUAGAUUAAUUGUAAAUAAAGCAGUCCUCCUCAGAGGGGGGGUGGUGGAGGGAAUAUUUAAGAAAUAAAAAUAGGAUUAAUUCAGAAGGUUAAGAUAAGAUUGUAUAACAUAGGAUUAGAUUAAUUAUAAAUAAAGCAGUCCUCCUUAGAGGGGGGGUGGUGGAGGGAAUAUUUAAGAAAUAAAAAUAGGAUUAAUUAAGAUAAGGUUAAGAUAAGAUUGUAUAACAUAGGAUUAGAUUAAUUGUAAAUAAAGCAGUCCUCCUUAGAGGGGGGGUGGUGGAGGGAAUAUUUAAGAAAUAAAAAUAGGAUUAAUUAACAUAAGGUUAAGAUAAGAUUGUAUAACAUAGGAUUAGAUUAAUUGUAAA